AUGGCAAUCAAAAAUUUACCCUCCCUUAUUCUUCUUGCAGCAAUAUAUUUCUAUGGGGCACAUUCAGCAGUUCUCACUAUGAAAAAUAAUUGCGGGUUCGAAAUCUGGCCGGGCACACUAACCACAUCGGGUUCGCCGGUUCUGGUUCCAACUGGGUUCCAUUUGGCACCACAAGCUUCAAAAACCAUCAACAUUUCAUCUUCAUGGGACGGAACAUUCUGGGCUCGAUACCAGUGCUCGAAUUCCGGUAACAAGUUCACAUGUCUGAGCGGAGACUGCGGGUCGGGUCGCAUCGAAUGCAGCGGAGCCGAUGCAAUACCACCGGCAUCUCUAGUCAAAUUGACUAUAGGAGGAGACCUUGAUCAGGAUUUCUAUGAAAUCAAUCUCAGCGACGGGUUCAAUCUACCGGUUUCCAUUAAACCCGACAAGGCAAAUUGUCAGGCAGUAACUUGUGCAGCUAAUAUUAACUCUGCUUGCCCUAAUGAAUUGGUUGUUAAAGGCCUGAACGGUGUUGCGGUUGGAUGUAAGGGUGCUUGUAUUGCUUUUAAUACGCCGCGAUAUUGUUGCUACGGCGAUUUCGGUAACCCGCAAACAUGUCAGCCGACGAAAUACUCCGAGAUAUUCAAUAAACGGUGCCCUCAGGCGUAUAGUUUUAGUGGUGAUGAUGAGAACAAAACUUUUAGGUGCCCGACUGGGCCGAACUAUCUUAUUACCUAUUGCCCCUAA